AGCACGCACCGACAGCAAUUCUCUUGCGUUCGUACAUUUUUUUUCUUUCACUCAAACAUAUACAAUUGUUUACUGGCUUUGUGCUUCUUUUUCUUUUCUUUCUGUUUUCUCCUUAAUUUGUUUCCACGCCUCCUCGGUGUCGCUAGUUCAUUGCACUUCGCCAUCAUUGACCCGGUGCGUCACUGCGACUGAAGACGAUUUUCUUGUUGCUUGCACUCUUCUCUUUCUUCACCCCUUUACUUUAGUGGUCGGUUUUCUUUGUGUGUGUGUGCGGUCCCCUCCGUCACUUGUUGGCAGCUUUCAUCAGCACCCUUGGCCCGCCCAAGGGGCACCUCCUCGAACAUUUACCCUCCCCCCACCCCCCUCCCCGCCUAGCUUAUAACAUGUCCAGUCCCACUGCACAGUGCAUCAAGCGGCUUCAGACGGAGCUACGCAAGCUCGCCAUGGAGAAAGACCUCCCCUUCAAAGUUGGAGCUGACCCGCAAAACAUGCUUCGCUGCUAUUUCGUCGUGGACGGCCCGGAAGGGACGCCGUACGCGGGCGGGCGCUACGUGGGCCUGCUCGGGAUUCCGCCAGACUACCCCUUUAAGCCGCCGAGUGUGCAAAUGUGUACCCCAAGUGGACGCUUCAAGACGGGGAUGCCGAUUUGCCUCUCGAACAGCUCCUACCAUCCGGAGCAGUGGUCGCCGCUGUGGGGACUGCGCACCAUCUUAAUCGCCCUCGUGUCCUUCUUCGCGUCUGAGGAGGCCACAACAGGUUCGACGGAGAGCAGCCAGGAGGACCGGCGCAAGUACGCGGCGAGCAGCCGACAGUUCAACGUGGAGCGCAUCAAGGCGGUGUACCAGCGCGUGCUGCCGGAGGCCUAUGCGAAGGAUGUGACCUACUUGGAGGAGCAAAGGCAGCAAGAGCAUCAAGGGCUGGCGGGCGGGCACACGCCCCGAUCUGAUAGCACCAGCGGAAGCAGCGACUCGGAGGAGGGAGAUGACGUGGGCCGCGGCAGAGGCCCGGCAGCGCAGAGAGGUCCGCAGCGUUCAACACCUUUAGUGACUGCUGAGGUCGGGACGGCAGGACAGGAACAGGGCAACGGCAACUCCAACAAAGAAGGUAGCGAGGACGCUGGAAAGCCUGAGGAGGAUUCAACAACAGCCAACGGUGAAGCCAAAGAGGUAGCAGCAGCGGAAGAGAAACCGCUCAAUGCGGAACCACUCAAGCGGCAUCAUCGCCACCACGCCCGUCAUCGCACAUUCGCCGGUGAGGAACGCGGUGGCACGGUGAUGGGGCUGGGUGGUGUGCCGUGGCGCCGGUGGGUGUCGUUAGCGGUUUUGGUCGCCGUGGGUUUGGUGCUGGUGGAGCAGCUGCGAUGGGGCUUUGUGCGGAUGUAG